AUGGCGCGAUUUCUCAAGAGGAAAGUGGAUACAUCUUCCGAACUAAUUGAUUUGGAUACUCUUCCUUCGGAUCCGUAUGAUCGCAAGCCGAUAGAAUCAUAUAACGUGAAUCAAAAGGAUGCGAUUAGAAGGGCAUAUAUACUUAGAGGACCGUAUCAACCAAGAGGUAUCGAAUUCCCACAAACAAAGUUUCAAGGUGACGAGUUAAGAAAAUUUAAGGAAGAAUGGAGCCACUUCGAAGAUGGUAGAGACACAUUUGUGUGCGGUGGGUAUAACAAUUGGAAAAAGGUACAUGCGUCACUUAAAAAACAUGUUGGUUUAGUUAAUAAUCUACACAACAAAUGUUUCCAAAUGAGUGCCGAUUUAGUUAACGAAAAUCAAGUGGUACACACACAAUGGGACAAUAGGACCCCUAAGGAGAAACGUGAAUACCGACUUAGACUUAGUGCUUCUACUUUGCUUGGGAAAAGGUUGUUGAAUGGCGCAUUGGCGUUUCGUGGACAUGAUGAAUCAAAAGAUUCAUUAAAUAAAGGGAAUUUCUUAGAGCUUUUAGAACUCAUGGGUGAAAUGAAUGAAGAGCUUGCUAACGUUAUCUUAGAGAAUGCACCCGCGAAUAACCAAAUGACAAGUCUUAAAAUUCAAGCGGACAUCAAACAUUGUUAUGCUCAAGAGGUAAUUAAACAAAUUUUAGAGGAACUUGGUGAUGAUGUUUUUUCUUUAUUAGUAGAUGAAUCAUGUGAUGUAUCAAAAAAAGAACAAAUGGCGGUUGUUAUUCGUUUUGUUGAUAAAGUUGGGAUUGUUAAGGAGCGUUUUAUUGGGCUUGUUCAUGUCAAAGAGACAAGCGCAAUAACACUCAAAACGGCUAUUGAUGAUAUAUUGGCACGUUAUGGGUUAAGUUUGAAAAGGAUUAGAGGCCAAGGCUAUGACGGGGCAAAUAACAUGUCGGGCGAGUUUAACGGCCUAAGGGCUCUAAUCUUAAAGGAAAACGUUUCGGCCUUUUAUAUUCAUUGCUUUGCACACCAACUUCAACUAGUUGUUGUGGCGGUGGCGCACAAACACACACCAAUUUGGAGAGUUUUUGAAACGAUAACAUGUUUAACAAAUGCCAUUUGUGCAUCUUCUAAACGACAAGAUAUGCUUCGUGAAAGCCAAAGAAGACAAUUGGAAAAAAUGGAAGACGUACUUUGUACCGGAAGUGGGUUGAACCAAGAAAUGACACUUUCAAGGCCCAGGGAUGCACGUUGGAAUUCCCUUUACAAGACACUUUCCCGUUUAAUUUCUUUAUACCUAAACAUUAUGGAAGUUCUUGGAUGGUUAGUAGAAAUGGGUCAAACUCUUCCUUGUAGUAGACAAGCGGACGGACUUCUAGAGGAUAUGAAAAAAUACGACUUUGUACUUACAUACACUUGA